AUGACCAUCACGGGAGACGAUACAGAAAAAAUAAAGAGGCUAAAUGGGAGCUUAUUCCAUGAGUUCGAGAUGAAAGACUUGGGGAAUCUUAAAUAUUUCUUGGGGAUAAAAAUGUUGCGCUCUGAGGGAGGAAUCUUCUUGAGACAAAAGAAGUAUGUCUUGGACAUUCUGGUGGAGACAGGGUUGAUUGAUUGCAAACCCGUCGAUACAUCAAUUCUAGUGAACCACGGGCUGCAGAUCUCUGAUGAAGCUGAGUUAGCGGAUCAAGGCAAGUACCAGUGCCUAGUGGGGAAGCUCAUCUACCUUUCUCACACUAGACUAGAUAUUGCUUAUGCAGUGGGAACAGUGAGUCAAUUCAUGCAUCGACCACAAAAAGAUCACUAUGUAGCUGCAUUGAGGAUCGUGCGGUAUCUCAAAGGAACUGCCGAACAUGGGAUAAUGUUCAAAAAGAAUGAACACCGAGGAAUUUAUGGGUUCACCGAUGCUGAUUGGGCGAGUAAUCUAGUCGAUCGAAAAUCAAUAGCCAGAUACUUCACGUUUGUCGAAGGUAAUCUGGUAACAUGGAGGAGUAAGAAACAAAAGGUGGUAGCAAUAUCAAGCGUGGAAGUUUAA